AUUAUUCUGUAUCAAAGAACAUGUUCAUGUCGUAUGCUAUUCAAACCGACCUUUCUGAAGGAAAUUGCUAAUUUGAAAACCAUCAGGAUGAAACUGUUACACAGCUGAUAUGUGAGACAACAGGCCAAAUUUGUCCCAUUCAUUUCAGUAUGGAAGACCUGAAAAUCUACGAAGCAGCUGGCUGCAAUGAUAACACAUUUGUUCAAAAUGCUCUAGAUGGGAAGUAUGGGGAAUUAUUGAAGGAUGACCUUGAACUUGCUUUACACAUGGCUGCUGCCAAUGGUCAUCUUGAUUGUGUUUCCCUCUUGCUGGAUCAUAAAGUAAGUGUUCAUGCAAGAAAUGGCUCAGAGGAAACACCAUUGAUACUUGCAGCUCAGGGUGGUCAUGACGAUUUAGUAAAGAAGCUUCUUGAAAGAGGAGCAAGCAUUCAUGAUCAAAACUGCAUGGGUUAUACACCUCUUAUGAAAGCGUGCGAGUUUGGUCAUAUCCGGACUGUGGAACUGUUGUUGAAACAUGGUGCUAGUGUAAAUCACAUGGAACAUGGAGGAGAUGAGCACCAUGGUGUUCCAAAUGGUCUUCCAAAUGGCUCAGCGAAAAAUUUACUACCCAAAUAUAUGCCUCAUGGUUAUACAGCCUACAUGGUCCUGGUGCUGAAACAACCGGAAAACUAUGAAAAGAUUUUGAAAUUAUUGAUUGAAGCUAAUAUGCCAGUGAAUGAAAUGGACUUAGAAAAUACGACAGUUUUGUUACAUGCUGCUAAUAGGUGUUCUGCUGAUGUACUCGAGAUGUUAUUGAAGGCAGGAGCUGAUGUGAACACCUGUGACGUCUGGGGUGUUACGCCAUUAAUCAGUGCGGCAGCUUAUAACAAAACAGAAAAUGUGAAAAUUCUUCUCAGGUACGGAGCUGAUGUUUCUAUCGUUUGUAAAGCAAAGAGGACAGCUCUUUCUGUGGCAACUAGAACAGGUACUGAAGAGCUCAUUCAGACCAUCUUAGAGGCAGGGGCCGACCCGGAACACAAGAAUGCCCAUGGUGGAACUCCCUUCUUCAUUGCACUAAUGCACUUCAACUACUCAGCAAUUAAAUGUCUAUUGAAAGCAGGUUGUGCUCUUAAUGUCACCUGCCGUGAUAUGACAACACUUAAAGUGAUGAGCUAUUUUGAAUGUGCGCUGUCUCGUAAAAGUGUGCAUAUGAUUGACAUGUUGUACAAAGCAGGUGCUUGUUCGAAUAAAGAUAUUUUCAGGGUAUAUACAGAUGAAACGUUCAAAGAGCAAUGUGCAGAUCAACCUGAAAUUAUUGAUUUAUUGACCCGAAUGGCAUCAGCGCCAAAAUGCUUACGAUGCGUUUGUCGGAAAGUUGUUCGGGACAACAUAGCUCGACCUCUGCCAAGGAGUGUCUCUUAUCUUAGUCUACCAAAGACAUUGAAAGAUUAUCUGCUGUACUCUGAUAUCAUUCUUCCUGUAGAUUAAGUAUGAUUUGAACAAUUAGCAGCUCAUUUAGAAUAUUUCAUUGAACAAUUUACCUGCUGAAUUUAUGUAAUGGCUUUGUCCUGCUUUGAAUUUGGUACAGUCCAUUCAAAGUUUAAGGGAGUUCAGUAUCAAAAUACUGUGUUUAAGCUACUAACAGCAUAGAGCCUGGGUAGAUUGUACAGAUGUGCAGUCUGGCUUAGCUCUUUACUUGUGGUAAAGGCUUAUCAUUUUCAGUUCUAGCAGGUUAAGAAUUAUGGCCUAUGAAACAUACAUUGUACAUGCAUUUUGUACAUGCUGUUUGUUUGAAUUAAACUUAGUUCUUGAAACUUGUGCUAAUAU